AUUUACAUUUAGUCUCUAGGUAGACACUUUUAUCCUAAGUGAUUUUGUAGCAAUUCUAGCAAAUAACCAAUACAUAUAUAUAUUUGUAUUUUUUAAAGGCAUAUGUUGCCUUUAUUGUAGAAAUUAUGUACUAAUUAGAGGAGAAGAGAAAUAUGGCUGACAAAUUAUUUUCUAAUAUUAUAGGAGACUUUCAAAUGAUCCAAUCUAACAAAAGAAGCAAAACGGAGCAAAAAAGAAACAAAGAGAGCCGUCACAAACGCCCCCAGUGCAGAAAGACUUCAUACCAUGAAUUACAUAAGCGACUGGACACCAGUGAGAAACAGCAUGAAUGCUCCCAGUGUUUCAAAACAUUUGCUAGACGUUCCGAUCUUUCAAUUCAUCAAAGAAUACACACAGGUGAAAAGCCCCAUCAGUGCGUUACAUGUGGGAAGGCCUUUAGUCAAUUGGGUCAUCUCAAGACACACCAGAGGAUCCAUACUGGGGAAAAGCCACACCAGUGCAAUACAUGUGGGGAGGCCUUUAGUCAAUUGUCUACUCUCAAGACACACCAGAGGAUCCAUACUGGGGAAAAGCCUUAUCAGUGCAAUACAUGUGGGAAGGCCUUUAAUCGAAUGACUAAUCUCAAGAAACACCAGAGGAUCCAUACUGGGGAAAAGCCUUAUCAGUGCAAUACAUGUGGGAAGGCCUUUAAUCGAAUGACUAAUCUCAAGAAUCACCAAAUGAUCCAUACUGGGGAAAAGCCACACCAGUGCAGUACAUGUGGGAAGGCCUAUGGUCAGAUGUCUCAUCUCAAGAUACACCAGAUGAUCCAUUCAGGGGAAAAGCCAUAUCAGUGCUCUACAUGUGGGAAGGCCUUUAAUCGAAUGUCUAAUCUCAAGGUACAUCUGAAGAUCCAUUCUGGAUAAAAGCCACAUCAGUGUACUUCAUGUGGAAAGUAUUUCCGGGAAAGCUCGGCCUCACCAGACAUCAGAUAACACAUACUGGAAAAAAGCCACGUCAUUGUUCUCAGUGUGGAAAGGCCUAUUGUUAGGUGAAAAUUCACCCUUGUUACUUCAGGAC